AUGAAUGCUAGGCUAGCAUUUUUUUCCGGAGCCAUUGGCUUUGGGUUUUGUCGGAUGAGAAAUUUUCAGACUGGGGAACUAUUCGCGAAAGCACCAUGUCUUCACUCUGCGAGCUCCGUACCAACCAAGGACCAAAUCCUCGUGCCUGAGACGCUUCUGAAGAAGCGCAAGAGUCAGGAGCAGGCUAGAGCUGCGGCCAACGCGGAGCUCAUCAAGCGGAAAAAGGCCAACAAGGAGAAGCGUGCUGUUAUCUUCAAGCGCGCGGAGUCGUACGUCAAAGAGUACCGCGAUGCAGAGCGCGAGAAGAUCCGUCUUGCACGUUUAGCCAAGCAGCAGGGCAACUUCGAAGUACCCGCUGAACACAAGCUUGUCUUCGUUGUCCGUAUCAAGGGUAUCAACAAGAUUGCCCCCAAGCCUCGCAAGAUUUUGCAGCUUCUUCGGCUCCUCCAGAUCAACAAUGGCGUCUUCGUCCGUCUUACCAAAGCCACUCAGGAGAUGCUUACUAUCGUCAACCCCUACAUUGCCUACGGUUAUCCUAACCUGAAAAGUGUCCGCGAACUCAUCUACAAACGUGGAUAUGGAAAGGUCAACAAGCAGCGUAUUCCCCUCACCGACAAUCAGAUCAUUGAGGAAAACCUCGGAAAGUACGGCAUCGUUUGCAUGGAGGAUCUGAUUCAUGAGAUCUACACGGUCGGCCCCAACUUCAAGCAGGCCUCCAACUUCCUGUGGCCCUUCAAGCUCUCCAACCCCACUGGUGGUUUCAGAUCCCGCAAGUUCAAGCACUACGUUGAAGGUGGCGAUGUCGGUAACCGUGAGGAGAACAUUAAUGCUCUUAUCAAGCAAAUGAACUAAACACAUAAAAAUUGGGGCAUAAAUUUUAUUUUGACGAGCACGUCUCUUUUCAUGGGUUGUUUUUUCCACUUAAGGUUUCUUUUUAGCGGGCUAUGGGACUUAUCAAGGAUUUCGUGUUUUUAAAUCCAAUCUCUCAAAUCAAAAAUAAUUAGAAAUCCGAGUAUUUUGAACAACCCG